CUAUUCAAGAAAGACAAAACCUACAGACAAUGCAUGAAACAACCAUGAGUUUAGACGUGAAAAAAUUGAAAGUGAAUGAGUUGAAGGAGGAGCUCCAGCGCCACGGCCUUGAUGCGAAAGGCCUGAGGGGGGACCUGAUAGAGAGGCUGAAAGCUGCUCUGGAGGAUGAGGCUGGAGAGAGACCACAUGAGGAGAACAGCAAAGGUGGGAAUAGCCGAAAGAGAACGCACAAGGAGAACACAAGCUAUGGUUACCAUGACCACCGUGAAGAGAAGAGAUCUCGUACACCACAACCUCCGGCUGAAGACGAAGAAGAAAACGUAGACGACUCCAUAGUAACAAUUGAUACAUACAACUGUGAUCUGCACUUCAAAGUGUCCAGGGAUCGUUACAGUGGUUACCCAUUGACCAUCGAAGGUUUCGCUUACCUGUGGGCUGGAGCUCGAGCAACUCAUGGUGUGACUCAGGGACGUGUUUGUUAUGAGAUGAAGAUUAAUGAAGAGAUUCCUGUAAAGCACCUGCCCAGCAGUGAGCCUGAUCCCCACGUGGUCAGGAUUGGAUGGUCCCUCAACAACUGCAGCACUCAGCUUGGCGAGGAGCCCUUCUCCUUUGGAUAUGGAGGGACAGGGAAAAAAUCCAGUGACUGCAAGUUUGCAGAUUUUGGCGAAAAGUUUGGUGAAAAUGAUGUCAUCGGCUGCUACAUAGACUUUGAAACCAGUAAUGAAGUAGAGAUGGGCUUCUCCAAGAACGGAGUGAAUCUCGGCGUAGCUUUCCGGACAACCAAGGAGGCGCUGGCAGGACGCGCCCUUUUCCCCCAUGUGCUGGUGAAGAACUGCGCUGUUGAAUUCAACUUUGGGCAGAAGCGGGAGCCCUACUUCCCCCCACUAGAGGGAUACACCUUCCUCCAUGAUCUUCCUAUGGAGGAGAAAAUAAGAGGCACAAAAGGGCCUGCCAACAAAUCGGAAUGCGAGAUUUUGAUGAUGGUUGGUCUUCCUGCCUGUGGAAAAACCACGUGGGCCAUUAAACACGCUGAAGAAAAUCCAGACAAGAAGUACAACAUCCUUGGCACGAACGCCAUCAUGGACAAAAUGAAGGUGAUGGGUCUCCGUCGUCAGAGAAACUACGCCGGGCGCUGGGAUGUCCUCAUCCAACAAGCCACCCAGUGUCUGAACAGGCUGAUUGAGAUCGCCGCCCGCAAGAGACGGAACUACAUCCUGGAUCAGACAAAUGUAUAUGGAUCAGCAAGGAGACGAAAAAUGCGUCCUUUUGAAGGUUUUCAACGCAAGGCUAUUGUAAUUUGUCCCACGGACGAGGAUUUUAAAGAACGAACAUUAAAGCAAACCAAUGAGCAGGGGAAGGAUGUGCCCGAUCAUGCUGUGUUAGAAAUGAAAGCCAACUUCACCCUCCCUGAGCCCUGCGAUUUCCUAGAGGAUGUGGCGUUUGUGGAGCUGCAGCGUGAAGAGGCUGAAAAGCUGUUGAAGCAGUACAACGAGGAGGGCCGCAAGGCCGGCCCACCUCCCGACAAGCGCUUUGAUAACAGGCAGGGUGGGUUCCGUGGCCGCGGCAGUGGCAGCUACCAGCGCUAUGACAACCGGGACGGGUUCCGUGGUGGCUACCAGAACCGUAGUGGAGAUGGAGGCAGUGGAUACAGAGGAGGUUACAAUCGUGGCAGCUACAACCAGAACCGGUGGGGUAACAACUACCGUGAUGGAGGCUCAGAUUCCCGCAGCAGCUACAGCCGCAGCCAGCCGUCAGGAGGAAGCUACAAUCGCCCAGCUUCCUACAACAAGGGCGGAUACAGCCAGGGCUACAAUCAGAGCUACAAUCAGGGGUACAACCAGGGCAACUACAACCAGAACUACUACAGCAGCUACAGUCAGUACCCAGGAUACAGCCAGAGCUACAGCCAGACACCUGCACCUGCACCUGCACAGACGUACAACCACCACCAGCAGCCGCCCGCGCAGCAACCACCAGCGCAGCAACCGCAGAGCUACAACCAGCAAUAUCAGCAGUAUGCUCAGCAGUGGCAGCAGUACUACCAAAACCAGAACCAGUGGAACCAGUAUUACAGCCAAUAUGGUGGCUACCCUGGACAGGGCAGCCAAGGCUCCUCUUCUGGUUCCCAGUAGCCUCCUCCUGCAUCUGCUCCUGAUUCUGCCAGUCUCCUCCCCAACACCUCUGACCUCUGCAAUGAAUUCAUUUUCUGUUUUUGUACAGUUUCUCUUUAAGUCACCAAUUAUGGAUCCUGUCUGUUUUAACACACUAGCCUCUGUUUCUUACACACAUUAUACAGCUCGUCUGUUUAUUUUUACUGAACCGAGUCUUUAAGCGUUGAACGUGAGGUGGUAGAUGAUAGCUAUUCUGAACAUGUAAUGAAUGUUAAUGAUUAUGCAUCAGAUGUGGAUGUCUGACCUCCACGUUUCCCUCAGUUUGAAGAGGUGACUGUAUAUUUAUAGGCUACAGAAAGAAAAGACGACAGGAAGAGAAAUUCUGACUAAGAUUAACAGAGAACAAAAUGCAUGCUUCUUACCUUUAUUACCCAGCCCUCUGUCUUGCUUUUUACUUUUCAGUUGCUGAGUGAGCAUCUUUUAUUUACCGCAAUAGAAACCGAACAUUAUGGAGCAUUUUUAUAGGUGUUGGUACUGUAGUAUUUAAUCUGACCUUUGAUUGAGUAAUCCUUUGCCGCUUGUGUAGUUGUAUUUGCCUUUUUUUAAUUUCCAUCCCCUUUAUAUUCAUCGAGUCUUGUAGUUCAAGCCAUUUUUUUUUCUACCUUAAAAGAAUCAGAUUUUUGACCAGUUAUGCCAGCUGUUGUGUCUUUAUACAAUAAACACAGUUGUAAAUGCCAC